AUGCUUGAAACUAAGGAAGGGGCCGCGGGUGAGCCCAUAAAACCUAAGAUCAAACAUGACUGGUACCAGACAGAGUCACAGGUGAUCAUCACAAUACUCCUUAAGAAUGCACCGCAAGACAAGCUCAAAGUUAAUUAUGGAGAACGGAGUCUAUCCCUAACAAGUGCAAUACCAGACUCUGAUUCAGAAUACAGUCUGGAAUUAGAUUUGGCACAUGAAAUAGAACCUUGUAUGUGCACGCAUGUAGUCACCUCAUCCAAGAUCGAGCUAAAGCUUAGGAAGAAAGAGGGACUGAGAUGGACGCAGUUAGAGGGAGAUAAAAAAGAAGAUAAAAUUAAGGCUAUACCUCAAGCUGUCAUAGAUGCGUCAGGACCGCAAAAGCCACCGAAGCUAUUUAGAAAAGACUGGGACAAGAUUGAGAAGGAUAUUAAGAAAAUGGAAGAAGAAGAAAAGCCCGAAGGUGACGCAGCACUAAACGCUCUAUUCCAGAAGAUAUACGGAGAAGGAUCUGAUGAAGUCAGGAAGGCAAUGAAUAAGAGCUUUGUGGAGUCCGGCGGCACAGUCCUGAGUACCAAUUGGGAUCAAGUUGGCAAAGACAAGGUGGAGAUGAAGCCGCCAGAUGGCGUUGAGUUCAAGAAGUGGGAAUAA